AUGGCUUUCCAUAAUUGUUACAAUUUAGUGGAAGUUGCGUUUCAAAACGAUACUAGUAACCUCACAAAUAUAGAAAGCCACGCGUUUAGCCACACAGGACUUAGAGUUUUUAACUUUGGACCAAAUGUAUCAAAAGUCAACGCAAAAGCUUUCUUGUUCUGCUCUUCUUUAACGUAUAUAAAUGUUUCAAAGUCUAAUCCGAACUUUACAUCAGUCAAUGGAGUCAUUUACAACAAACAAAUGACUAAAUUAAUAAUUUACCCUCCAGGAAAUAAAUCGGUGUCAUAUACUGUUAACAAGACUGUUGUAACAAUCAAGAAAUACGCAUUCUCAUCAUGCGAAUACAUAACUUUGGUAAAUUUACCUCCAAGAUUACGAAAAAUUUGUAAAUUCGCAUUUUCCAAUUCUGCAAUACAUAACAUAACAACUCCUGAUACUUUGACAAUGAUUCAAAAAGGAGCUUUUAUGCAUUGCAAAAAUUUAACAAUUGCAAACAUAAAUGGAACAUAUACACAGCUUUCUGAACAGUGCUUCAAGUAUGAUGAGAAUCUUACUGUUGUUUAUCUCCCUCAAUCGUUUGAAUCUUCUCCUUUAUCUUCAUUUGCAAAUUGCUCUUCAAUACAAUGCGUAACUUAUUCAAAGAACAUGAAGGAGAGAGUUUUUAUGGCUGGAAUUCCAUGGGUAGCUUUAUCUGAUACAAAUUGUUCGAAAUAUUUACCAGCGAUAGAGAGAAGACAUCAAGAAUAUCAAAAAUGGAUACAAAACAUCUUUAGAUAUAGGUAUUAA